AUGGCGGCCUUCGGCAGAUCGAUCUCCAGGGCUAAGAAGACGCCAGCAAAGGCGAAUCCGGCGCACGAUUUCUCUGUGAAAUCCGUACCGAGAAAGGGGAGGAAUGCGACCAACGGCGAUGAGGUCUGUGCAAAGAAGCCGGAAGCUCCCGGGAUCGAGGAUGAUCAGAUCUCGAUCCUGGAGGAAGGCGCCGCGGAGAUCAGGCUCGGAGAUGUGGAGAAGCAGCUCAAGGAGCUCGAAGUGUCUUCCCUGACGAGCGAGGUUUCUUUCGGCGAGUCGACGGCUGGGAGCGAUAAGACGGCCGUGGAAGGUCAAAAUCUUUCCAGCGCUUCCUCGGCGGGCAAGGGAAGCUCCAGCAUGUCCUGGCUGAAGAAUGUGAUAUCUGUCAUUCUCACCGUCCUGGGGACCAUCGCGACGCUAAUUCUUGCAAUCUACGUGAAGGUGACUCUCGAAGGACUCCAUUUGGGGCCAUUUCCAACAUGAAGAAGCUAAGAACAGUCGUGACAUGAGCUAAAGGUAACAAGAAGCCAGCUCUUUUACAACCUCAGAGGUAAGCUUACGAGAACUCUCUUUCAUUAUCAUUAGCUUUUUAUUCUUCUUGGAGAGCGCUCAG